UGGAGACUCUUUAACGCUCUACACGGUCGUCGCUGCAGCCCUCUCACUCGUGUGAUUAAUAGUCGGCGUUUAGGAACCAGCAGGUCGAUGCUCGUUUAACUCUGCUUCCAACGCAAUUACAAUGGCACUUGCUACAAUCUGUCGUUUACGGUUCCCAAUAAUAGAUUCGAGCCUCGGUUGCGCUAAUCAAUUGGCAGCCGCCGUUCCAACGAGAUGCGGUUCCGAUCAUGCGAGGUCGUUGAAUACCCUGGUCGGAUGCAUGGACAAGGUAAAACUGCCACGAGUCUUCUUCGACAUAACCGCCGACAAGGAAAGUCUCGGCCGAGUUAUUAUGCAGUUGCGCCCCGACAUCGUUCCAAAAACAGCGGAGAACUUCCGAUUGUUGUGUACCGGCGAGAAGGGUUUCGGAUACAAAGGGAACAUGUUUCAUCGAAUAAUCCCGGAAUUUAUGUGUCAGGGGGGCGACAUUACCCGCUUCAAUGGGUUAGGUGGUAAAUCCAUUUACGGCAACACAUUUAAGGAUGAAAACUUCAAACUAAAACAUUCAGAGGCUGGCAUUCUUUCGAUGGCAAAUUGUGGACCAAAUACCAACAAUUCGCAAUUCUUUAUUACGUAUGCCAAGACGAGCUGGCUCGAUGGAAAACAUGUUGUCUUUGGAAAAGUUCUUGAAGGAAUGGAAAUUUUGAAAAAGGUACGUGAUAUUCUUAAUUAAUUUGAUUAUUAGAUUAAUCAUCCAAA